GGAAUAUCAAAGUAUAAGUGAAGUGGCCUAGAGACCUACAUUUUGUUUUUAAAACAAAAUAUCGCUUUAAUAGGCGAUUUUUUAAAUAGAAUAGUUCUCAGGACGCUGUGGGUGACGUUUUGAACGAUUUGCAAGUGACAUUAGGGUGUCGCCUCGUUCUAUUAUCGUGUGUGAUGCACGAAGACGCUCCAAAAAUGAGUGUAGCGCAGAAUCUGGCCGCCUCCACGAGCCAGAACAAGGGUGACGUCGUCAUCAGCGUGCCUCUGGAGUAUGAAAUGGGCUCGGUCGAGCCUAAACAAGCAGAGACGAUUGAGCUCGACUUAAAGAUCGCAUAUGUUGAUCCUCCUAAUGGAACCGGAGGCGAACCGGGAGCUUACUUACCAGCAGCUGGUACAGUUUGUGAUCAAGCUGACACGAAAGAUGUUAUUGAAGAAUUAUGUCCUGUCUGCGGCGACAAAGUCAGCGGCUACCACUACGGACUUCUCACCUGCGAGUCCUGUAAAGGAUUUUUCAAGAGAACUGUACAAAAUAAGAAGGUGUACACAUGUGUCGCUGAACGAGCUUGUCACAUAGAUAAAACACAGCGGAAACGUUGUCCGUUUUGUCGAUUCCAAAAAUGUCUAGACGUCGGGAUGAAACUGGAAGCUGUUCGGGCGGAUCGUAUGAGAGGUGGACGAAAUAAGUUUGGACCUAUGUAUAAACGCGAUCGAGCCCGUAAAUUGCAGAUGAUGAGACAACGGCAGAUGGCCGUGCAGACGUUACGUGGUUCAUUCAGUGACGGUGGACUAGUGCUCGGAUUCAGCUCGCCUUAUGCCUCAGUUCCGGUUAAACAAGAGAUACAAAUCCCACAAGUGUCGUCAUUAACUUCGUCCCCCGAGUCGUCACCGGGUCCUGCCCUGCUGGCUGCGCAGACGCAGCAACCUCAACCACCACCUCCACCAGCGCAUGACAAGUGGGAAGCGCAUUCGCCACAUUCAGCGUCUCCAGAUGCUUUCGCGUUCGAUGCCUCAGCGACCACAGCAGCCACACCAUCCAGCACGGCAGAGACUACCAGUACUGAAGCGCUUCGAGUCUCGCCCAUGAUCCGGGAAUUCGUCCAAACCAUAGACGACCGCGAGUGGCAAAAUUCGCUGUUCGGACUCUUGCAGAGCCAAACUUAUAACCAGUGUGAAGUCGAUCUCUUCGAGUUAAUGUGUAAAGUUCUGGACCAAAACUUGUUCUCUCAAGUGGACUGGGCGCGAAACACCGUGUUCUUUAAGUAUUUAAAGGUUGAUGACCAAAUGAAACUAUUGCAGCAUUCGUGGUCCGACAUGUUGGUCCUAGACCACCUCCACCAACGGAUGCACAACGGAUUGCCAGAUGAGACCACGCUUCAUAAUGGACAGAAAUUCGAUCUGCUAUGUUUAGGUCUUCUGGGUGUACCGUCAUUGGCUGACCACUUCAACGAGCUCCAGAACAAGCUGUCCGAGCUCAAGUUCGACAUCCCGGACUACAUCUGCGUGAAAUUCUUGCUUCUUCUGAAUCCUGAGGUAAGGGGCAUAGUAAACGUCAAAUGCGUCCGAGAUGGUUACCAGACAGUACAAGCUGCGUUGCUCGACUACACACUUACCUGCUAUCCGACGAUACAGGAUAAAUUUGGGAAGUUGGUAAUGGUAGUGCCAGAGAUUCACGCUUUGGCUGCGCGAGGCGAGGAACACUUAUACCAACGGCACUGCGCCGGGCAAGCACCAACGCAGACCCUUCUCAUGGAAAUGUUACACGCUAAACGCAAAUCUUGAAAACCCAGUGAGGAACAAAAAGGAAGACCGAAGAUGCGCCAAGCGCUCCCGACACCACAUCAAAUAGGAUAUUUUACAAAAAAUAUUACUUAUUAAUUAGCUUUAGUUGUUAACUUGGUGUGUGAUUAAAUUAAUUAAGUUAUUGCGCGAAGCGCCGACCGGCGGCGCGGCGCGUGCCUAGUCCGAUUACAGAUAAAACAAAUAUUUAUCUAUCUUAUAUCUGUAACAUAAAUAUACAAAAGUAAUAUACACCAGUCUGUGUAGCUAUGGUUAAUUUAUUUAGCAGGUUUGUUGCGUUAUUUCAAAAUUAUAUAAGUACAUUUGAGUUAACUAGUUUCUCUAAACUCCGGUGCGUAAACGGGAAUUAUAACAAUACAUACUUUAGGAAAGCGUCUGUGAUUAUAAACGAAGAAAUUUGAUGAAAGCAGUUUUUUUUAAAUUAAGUCGAGUACUUGUGCAUAAUAAUGUUAGUUUUUAUUUGAUCGCGUGGCAGGCGGGCACUCCACUCGAUGGGCGAAGACCCGUCUCCCAAUACGAAGUUACUUAUACUACGACUUACCUUCUUUUAAUCUUUAAGCACUUUAGAUUCAAUUUGUAAAUUAUCUUCACUGAUGUGUAUGAUGUUUUACAAAUGUGUUCUCUGCUUUUUGGCGCGUGACUGGCAGCGCGCGACGCCUGGAUUGUUUAUUUGAGAUGUUACAGAAUUUACGAGAGUUUUUUGGUAGGUAGGUACGUAUGAUGAUUUGAAUUAUCUUAAAAUAUUGAUGUUAGAUACUUUAUUAGAUGAAGACAAUUUUCAUCUUCGCUAGUUAUCCAAUAACAAUAAUGAAUAGGAACAACUGGGGCGAUCUUUGUUCACUGUUAUUUAUAUAUUGUCUCAAAGGAGAACCAAACAUAAAGCGGGACAUUGAUAAUAUUUCUAAUAGUAUAUGGCUGCACCUACACCUUAUUUAGGUAUAUGCGCAUUUUAAAGCUUGUAAAAUAUAUACACUAAACAUAUGACUUAUGAAUAAUCGUUUGAUAAGUGUGAAAGUAUCUAUUUAAACUAAUUAAUUGAUAGUAGAAUAAAACUGAGCAGCCGUAUGGUAGUUGAUAUUGUAUCACUCGCUUCAAGCCGUCUGUAAGUUGUACGUCGUUUCCUAUAAUUUGUCUGCAACUAAUAAAGUGUCAAGCACCAAUGGUAGGUAGGUAGUGAUAAAAUAAAAUCGAUUAAUCAAAAAUAAUAUUUAAAAAAUCAACAUUUGUUCUCUUAAAAUAUUAUCUGUGUGUUGUAUAAAUUAUUCAAUGUUAUUUUAUUGGCCAUACCAGUACAAAUCAAAUAUUAUCCCUGUAUAUAACAUAGUAACGUGUUUACAGUGAUUUAAAUCUACUUAUAUUGUAAUUAUGUAAAAUAUUCUCAAAGUACGUGCAAGAAAGCCUUAAAAAUCAUAGAUUUUUAAAGAAAUAUGGGUACUAGCAUCUACCGGCCAACGGUCGAAAAAAAUAUGUAUUUUUAUAAAACAUAUUGUUCUUUAUUAACAUAUAUAAUAUGUUAACUGAAAGUACAUGGUUUCGUAUUUUUCUAACAUAAAUAUAGUAGCGUACGUAAACAAGUGUAAAGAUCAACUAUUAGAAAAGAAAAAUUAUGUAUACAUAAUAUAAAAAGAACUUAUUAUUAUUAUAUCCUUGUAAUUAACCCACGUAAUAAACGUAACAAAUUUAAUUUGAUAACGUUUUAUUUUUGUAAUGAUUGGCGUCAAUUCGGUGGUAGUAAAAGCCCAUUUCAUAAGCCGUAAUAUUUGUACAAUUAAUUUAAAAAUAGUGAUUUUCUUUAUAACUUCGGGUAAGUAUUGGCGAGUUUGAAAAAUAAAUCGAAUAUUAUAAUAUAAUAUGUGUUCAAAAUGCUUGAUGCGAUGGGCUUUAAACCUAGUAAUAAGUACACUUGGGUACGUAACGAAUGUUUUAGUUAAUCUAAAGUGUGAUUGACGGUUUGUGUUUAAAUUGUUUAUAAAUAUAUAUAUAUAUAUAUAUAUAUAUAUAAUGAUAAAGUUAUAAUAGCGUCAUUGCACCAAGUGCGAGAAUAGAGUAGGCCACAUCAACGAGUUAUAAGCGUUACGGAGAAAGUGAUUUUUGCUUUCCAUUUAAUUUUGGCUUAGCUCUUAACUAGCCUUUUAUGUACUAUAUUAUAGGUAAUAAAGAUAUAGCACCGUGUUUAUUCUGUAAUACCGUCCAGUGAACACAGUUAUUUAUCAUCAUGACAUUCUAAAAUAUGACGCUUCACGAAUCUGAUUCAAUUAUUGCAUGAUGGAACAUUCGACAAUCGUCGAUUGAUUGUGUGCGUUACUCCAGCAGUAUAUAAUUGAUCCCUUUAAGAAUUUUAAUUAUUUGUAACAUUUUAUAUACGUAAUUUGGCUGGUAAAAAAAUUUAAAGGUAUCAAUACAUCACGGUUUGACGAAAAAACUAAACUAGGUACUUAUAUUAUAUAAAUUAAAUUAUAUUAUACAAUUUAAAUUAUAUUGUAUUAUAUAAUUUAAAUUGUAUAAUUUUGUUUAAAACAGAAUUAUUGCCUUAAUUCUACUGUUCUCAAAAAAUAAUAAUAUUAUAAACGAAAAUUAGUAAACUUCCAUAAAUAUAUUUUUGUUUUUACCUCAAAAAAAUAUCACAUUGUGUAAUUAUGUAAUAAAAAUAUACCAUACAAAUUCAGAAAGGAGAUCAAAACGUCACUGAACUAACGCACACGAUUGGUUAUGUUUGCGUACUAAAUUUUAAUUUAUUUACAUUCACUUUAGACUUAAAAUGUAAAGAGAAAUAAGCAAUAGCAAUAUUGACCAUGCAAUGCAUAUUAGGUACCUGCUGUUAAAUGUUUUGAACAAAAUCAGAGUUCCUUAAAAUAUUACUACUUAAAAAUAUACAAAAUUAAAAUUGUAUAACGUUCUUAAAAAAAUGAAAUCAUUUUAUAAAAUUUUAAUAUUCGUAGAAUUGACCUCUUUACACAUCAUUAAUGUAAUUUGCUGGAUAACUGAAUUAAUAAAAGGCUUUUCUUUUUUAAUAAUAAUUAUAAUAAAUAAAAACAUUGUGUAUAUAGAAUAGAAACAGGAGUCAUAAACCCCAGGUCGUGUUAUUAUUUUAAAUUAUUGUGUUUUUAAAAAUAUAAAAAUAAAACGUGAAGCUAUGAACAUGACUACUUUGGUCACUAAGGAUGUGCGCCUAAAAUUAUAAUUAAAACAGUACCUACUAAAACAUAACUGGCUUUACUGUUCAAAUGUUAUAAAUCGAACAUCCUUAAUUCAAAGCGGUCCAUUGGUUGCUCUCGCUUCAAUUUGUUGAAUGUUUAUUUUUAUAAUCUCGUUAUGAGUGAAUUGAAGUGAGAUGUAGCUUCACGAGUGUUAGACGCUUUAUCGAAGGCAAAGCUGAUCUGUGAUGGUAUGACAUAGUUAGGUACAUUAGGCUGUGUGUGGGUCUUACUGUCCAUACUCGAGUAGGAUACACAACCAUAGCGCCUGACCAAUUUUUCGGCGAGUUCACAUUUUUUCCACUGCAGCUUUAAAUAUAUGAUUAUAUAAAAAUGAGCCGGUAUUUUAUGUCAUUUGAUAUUUAUAUAGCGCUGUGUUAGUUAUAUAUAUAAAUAUAUAGUAUGACUUCUUCAGAUGCCGUUAUACCUCAACUUUGGAUUCCUGUUAUUAGUUUUGUUUAUUGAUUGUCUUACCAUACAUGGUUACCAUUUUAUACCAGUAUAUUACGAUGAACUGCUAAUCGUUUUGUUCAAAUACUCGACAGUAUUAUUUAUGUUAUUUUACGAUUGCUUUUCAUAUAGCACAUUACUAAUAAAAGGAAUCUGGUUACAUAUUUACAACACAAAUCAGUACGAUUUUAUUCUAUCAAUAUAUGUUUCAAGUAUAUACUACAUAAAUAUUAGUAUGUAAACAAAAUUCAGGCAUCAAGGUUAUAUAUUAAAUGACAAUUUAUGUAUUUACCAUAUUAUAAACGAUAUAAUAUUCAUAUACAUACAACGCAUAAUCAGAAUAUUAGAUGUAAUAACAUUUCGAAUAUAUCCUAAUUAUAUUAUUUUAUUUAUUAUAAUUAUAACCCUGCGUCAUUAAGUGAUAUAGUUUCAAUGGGCGAUUCCUUUAACAACUCGAUACGCGCAACUGUAUUAAAAAUCGAUAUAACGCUAUUGUUACAGUUGAAACAUCUUUCCAAAUGUGUAUAGCUCUUCAACGACUGCAAUUGAAUUGCUUUAAACAGGUAUAUGAUACCCAGUGAUUAAAAACGAUGCAUAGCACGUUUUAUAUUCGUUAACGUUGAAGUUUACCCUGUAACAGAUUUUCAAUUGAUAAUCGCUGGUUGAAUAAAAUGACGCUUAAUAAAACGCGUAUAUGUGAAUAUAUUUUAUAAUAUUGCGUAUUCUUUCACCGGCUUAGUGUUUGGGUUUUAGGUACCUUUGUCGUUGUGCCAUUAGUAAAACGAUUUCACAGGGUUGUAGCAGGCGUACGCACCCGUAUACUCAACUACAAUACAUUAGCCUAUACAAAAUUGUCGAUAUUCUCUAAUUGAUUUGAAACCUGAUGUUUUACAGUAGAUAAAAAAAAUCGAUUACGGAAAUGACAUUUUGUGGUAACCACUGCUGUAUCCAACGCUUCAGUUCUAGCACGAGUCAGACCACAGAACAAUGCUAUUUCCUGUAGGCAAUAACAAAGUCAUAUUUUAAAGGUGCCAGUGUUAGAAUUCAUUAAUUGCACAUUUAUUAACGCUAUGAUAAUUUCCCUGUUUGCUUCAAUUUUCUAUUCUAACAGAAAGCCACGUUCAAUAUUUAACGAAUCAGUUGAUAAUUUAAAAUCUUUACAUAUAAAUCUAAAACCACUAUUUAAUUUUAAGAUUUAGAUUUUAAUAUACAGCGUACAGUUGUAUUUUAGUGUUUAUGGAAGUAUAUCUAUAUUUAUGAAAUAAAUAAGUAUUUUAAAUGGUAAGACACACAAUGAGUGUUCUAUGUAAAUGUACAUUUUGAGUUCAAUUAGAUUUUAAGCGGAUGAUAGAUGCAUCACCGGUUGUUUGUUGUCGAACAGUACUCCGCACUAUUUGUACUAUUCGUGGGAUACUGUUUACGUACACUCGGCCACUGUCUACUCGCUCAGAUUCGCUCGCGCAGUGUAACGUAGCUUUGCCUGUCGCACCGUAUUAUUAAGCUGUCAACAUAAACAUGUCUUUCUUUUUUGUCAGUCUUUAUAAUUUCCAUAUGACAUAGCAUUUAUGAAACUGGUCGAAGCAUUCUAGCAAAACGUGUAUAUUUGAUAAUGACAAAUUAUAGAAUGCAUAAUUACAAAAUAUAGGAAUUGAAACUUAAUACAAGCAUAUCAAGAGUAAAUAUACAAAAAAAAACUUCGUCUAAAUUAAGACAAUCGAAUCUACGCCUCACAUUCUAUAAUCGUCAGACCAUUUCACAGUCAUAAUACCUUUUUAGUUUGGUUAUGUAUUUUCGAUUUUAAAGUGUAUAAAAAUGUUAUGGAAACAAAAUUACAGUAUUUUUGUUAUAGUAUAGUGACAAUUUAAAUAUAUUUCCUCUGUCAUAGGUGCUUAAAGUCUUGCGAAAAAGAACAUGUCAUAAGAAUAGCUUUUUAAUACAGUAUCGAGCGUAGGAGUUAUAACAUAAAAUGCGUCGUGACGCUCGCGGUGGGAGAGAGGGUACGUACGCGUCGCACACAUUCCAAAAUAGCUAAUCGUAACGAUCAGCGACACGCGUCGAUAAUGCGUUACUAUUUAGUAAGUUAACCACUUUGUUGUUCAUUAACGAUAAGUUAGGUUUAAUCUCAGUCGAUGUUGUUUAACUUUAGUCUGUGUAUAGUAUUCUCUCGGUUAAGUUUAUGUGAGGAUGUGAAUUUGAGCGAAUCGACAGACUAACGAAGGGUUCAUACUAGCUGUAAUUAUUAAGUACCUAAGCGAUUUAUUUCUGUUGCACCCUAACUUUAUUUCGUAAAUCUGUGUUAGUUAUAUAUAUUUUAUUAAUUGUACAUAUAAUAUAGGUAGGUUGAUGUAUACAGUGUUUUUCAAUCAAUCUUAAAUGGUUAUUGUUGAAUCUAAAAUGUGGGGAUGGCAAAUACUAAUGCGAUGAUGCAUUAUGCUGUUGAUAAAUUUAAGUAAAUCUUUUAUCUGAUACCAUAGGUUUACGGCUAUUUAUGUGUUACUGUUGUUUAGAGGGGUGAGGUCACAUCUCGGGGGCCCGGGGGGGUUAAGUCCCGAGGUGUACCGAGGAACAAUUACCUCGCAUCCGGGUCAAGGUCGGCUCUGUCGCACCGAUCAAUCUUAUUGUAAAUCGUAAUACAUAAGUACACCCGAUUAGUUUAGCCACAUAGGCUUGCUGUGAGGCUGCAUUCAAUCUAACUGGAUUUUAUUUUUUUACAAAUAAACGGCACAUCACGCGUUACAUCACGAACAUUUAGUAAAUAAAGUAUAUAGCGAGGCUACUAAGGUUUACAUAUACACGAUCACACUUACUACGAUCCUUUGACAAUUCUUUGAAAUGUGGAAAACAGGGUGUAAGUUUUUAAUUAAUUUUAACAACGUCUCAGCUGAUUUCACGUUUAUUAAGAAUUGUUAGUGGCGUACAAACCGGAACAAAUAUAGCUUGCUACGAGUUCAGUUAGAAUGGAUCAACCGUCUUAUUAUUAUUUUAUAACACAGCCACAUCUGUACCGUGUCAUUACCUCACAUUACAUCUUUUAUACAUUUUAAAAUAGUUAUUGUUGUCGCUAAAUCUUUGAACUUAAUUUUAUUAUUGUCAAAUAUUGUUUAGAGGUGUCUUUUAAGUUUAAAUUUGUAAACACGAUGAUCUAUAUAGAUGGCAAGAUAAAUAUGUAUAUGGCGGUGUCAUAAUCGCCCGUGCAUCAUCAAUGUAUUUAUUCUCGUGGUGAUUAAAUAUUGUGGAGACGCACGAACGCGCCGGCGGCGGGAAUGCUCUUCCGUCGUCGCUCGUUAUUGUAGAAAUAAAUGAUAUUUUCGUUUAAAUAAUUGUGUCUUUAUUUAUAAAACACCUCUUUAAAUACAAGUCUAAUUAUUAGAUCUAUAAACAGCGUGGUUUGCUUUUCUUUAUUGAUAUUUUCGGUGACUUCGAUUUGGUGGGCAUUCGAAAUAGCAAAUCCUAGUCCAGCCAUAACACAGAUAUCCCCCAAUAGAUACCGCAUGAUGAUUAUUUUGUUAAAAAAAUAUAGAUGCCAUUCUUAGCGAUGGGGUAGGUGGAGAGCGAGUUUGUUUUUGACCAGUGCAGCUUGGCCCGACGCGUCCCUAUUGCAAUUACUAUAUACAUCCAACUGCCUCCUUUGCUUUCUUUUGUCUUUUACAUAUUACCAAAAUUUAAUCGGAUUGUCAAUAAUAUUUUUUGCGUUAGUUUGAUCUGUUGUCUAUAAGCACUGUCCAAUCAUAUUUUUAUAUUAUGUAUAAUAGCACCAAUUGGAGGUUAUCUGUGUGCCAUGACAAUGCAACCAUUGUCAUGGCAGAAUCCAUGUUCAAACAAAAUAAACAAAUCCAGGUUAUAACCAAAAAAAUAUAAGUUAUCAAAAUACGAAUAGAAUAUUACAAAAUUCACAAUAGAACAAUGUUUUGUCGACCUGUCGAUGGCGUUAGGAACCGUGGAAACAGUUACACGUGUGGAACUGUGGAACUAGGAAAAACAGCGCCCCUAGCGGCAACUAUUAAGAAUUACAUAAUACAGCGGUGUCCUAUUUUGGAUGUACGGAACGAUUUCAAGAUACAAACACCAACUUACCCUGAAGAUUUGUAGCGCUAUUGUACAGAUAACAUCACGGCAUGUUGUGACAUGUAGUCACAUUUUGAUUUAUAUACGAGGGGUGUUCAAAAAGUAGUGAGAAUGGCUAUAUUAGAGAAUGAUUUUUUUUUUUAUAUAUUUCGACGUAAUCACCCUUUAGGCCAAUACAUUUAGCAGACCGUUUUUCUAGAGCCAAAAUUACCUUUUUAAAAAAAUCUUUAUCUUGAGUACUUAAAAAUCGUUUACGGCGGCCUUCACUUCUUCGUCAUCUUCAAAUUUUGUGCCUCUCAAUUAUUCUUUCAAAUGCGGAAAUAAGUAGAAAUCACUAGGGGCUAAGUCCGGUGAAUAUG